CUACCAGCAACUUCCUUCCUAUCAACAAAACGAUCUCCCUUGUCCCUACAUUAUUGUGUCUCCCUGCACAUUGUUUUCAUAUCUACCUCACAUGUCAAUCAAUCCCCGCAAUUGACCUCGUAGGGAUUUGAAUCGUAUCGCAGCAUCGAAUAUUCUAUCAUCCUGUCAAUUGAUUGACUUGGCCGACUUGAAACCCUCCUCACCCUGCCACGACGCCGCCGCGCGCCUCGUACCUCAACAUGAUCCUCAGGCAUGCUGGAUCGCGUAUCACGAACCUCUCGACGAGAUCAACACUUCGCGCUUCAAGGCUCCCACGAGCUUCAGAGAUCCGGUCGUAUACACAUCCAAGCCAUGGCGGGGCGUCACCAUUCACGAAGCGCCCUCAGCUGGCCACAUCGUCCGCACUCCGCAACUUCCAGCUGAACAAGCAUGCCUCGCCCAUCCUGCGGAGCGCCUCGACAAAACCUAUACCCACGCCUCGGAACGGAUUUAUUCGUGCAGUCUAUAGGGGAGCCGCGUUACUGGGUACAUUCGUUGGAAUAAGUGGUAUACUGGUGGUCGCCUUUUUCAUAUAUGACGCAUCUACGUACCGCGAAGAGCCGGAGGCAGAGGACGUGCCUGUGUCGGAACUCGCAUUGAACCCUAGAAGAGGUGGACCCAAGAAUUUGCCUAUCGUCGACCACUUCAUUGACGAUGAUGAUUGCGCGCUGAACAAGGCAGUCAAGCACAAGCCCAAGUUGGUCAUUUUGGGAACGGGGUGGGGAAGCGUGGCUAUUCUGAAGCAACUCAACCCUGGAGACUACCAUGUCACUGUCGUAUCGCCAUCGAACCAUUUCCUGUUUACUCCAAUGCUGCCCUCUGCUACCGUCGGAACGUUGGAAUUGAGGUCGCUGGUCGAGCCCGUCCGAAGGAUAGUCAAAAGGGUGCAAGGGCAUUUCCUCAAAGGUUUCGCGGAGGACGUAGAUUUCUCCGAGAAACUGGUCGAGGUAUCUGCCAUUGACUCGAGUGGCCAGAAGCAGCAUUUCUACGUGCCUUACGACAAAUUGGUCAUCGGAACUGGUUCCGUCACCAACCCUCACGGUGUCAAGGGACUCGAACACUGCCACUUCUUGAAAGACAUCAGCGAUGCGCGCCUGAUCCGUAAUUCCAUUGUCCGCAACCUCGAGAGUGCAUGCUUGCCCACGACGUCUGACGAGGAGAGGAGACGGCUUCUGUCAUUCGUCGUCAGUGGCGGCGGUCCAACUGGUGUGGAGUUUGCCGCAGAGCUGUUCGACAUGUUGAACGAGGAUUUGACCAAAUUCUUCCCCAAGGUCCUCCGCAACGAGAUCUCUGUUCACGUCAUUCAAUCCCGCAGCCACAUCCUCAACACUUACGAAGAGGCGCUUUCGGAGUACGCAGAGAAGCGCUUCGCCCACGAUGCCGUAGACGUCCUGACCAACUCUCGCGUCAAGGAAGUCCAUGCAGACAAGAUCAUCUUCACGCAGAAGGACGAGAGCGGCAAAGUCGUCGAGAAGGAGAUUCCUAUGGGCUUCUGUCUCUGGUCUACUGGUCUCUCCCAGACCGACUUCUGCAAGCGCCUUGCAGCGAAACUCGACGGCCAGAACAACAAGCGCGCCCUCGAGACGGACUCACAUCUGCGCGUGGUCGGUGCUCCCCUUGGUGAUGUCUAUGCGAUUGGCGACUGUGCAACGGUACAGAACAAUGUGUCCGACCACAUCAUAUCCUUCCUCCGUACCCUUGCAUGGGAGAAGGGUAAGGAUCCGGAGAAGAUGGCGCUUUCAUACUCCGACUGGCGGGGUGUAGCCAAGCGCGUGAAGCAGCGAUUCCCCCAGGCCUCCGACCACCUACGCCGCCUCGACAAGCUCUUCUCAGCCUACGACAAGGAUAACUCGGGUACACUCGACUUCGGCGAGCUUCGAGAACUCCUCGCGCAGAUCGACUCUAAGCUCACCUCCCUGCCGGCCACGGCCCAGCGCGCCCACCAACAGGGUCAAUAUCUUGGGCGCAAGUUCAGUAAGAUCGCCCAGGCUGCGCCGGGAAUGACGCUGAACCAGAUGGACUACGGCGACCUCGACGACGCCGUGUACAAGGCGUUUGAGUACAAGCAUCUGGGCAGUCUGGCGUACAUUGGCAAUGCCGCCAUCUUCGACUUUGGCGGGAUGAGCUUCUCGGGAGGUCUGGUAGCCGUGUACCUCUGGAGGAGCAUCUACUUCGCCCAGAGCGUGAGUUUCAGGACGAGGUGUUUGCUUGCCAUGGAUUGGAGCAAGAGGGCGCUUUUCGGACGAGAUCUAAUGAACUUCUAAAAGCGGGCAAUUGAGCGGGCAAGUGUGCGAGCAUGCAAGAACGGAAGCCAUUCAAUUCGAAACAUCCUUUUUACUUUCUCACUUCUACAUCAUCAUGAUAGUAACCUUGAAUUUCUUUUGUCGUCGAUUCUGCUGCCGCACUCACAGCUUACGGUGUUGGAUCGGCUGAGUGCAACCUGGGUCGGACUUUUGGAGCCGAAGUCCUGGGACGGUUGUUUGAAGCCGUCCUGUGAAUUUAUAUAACAAUACAUCUACAUAACUUCCAAAGACGUGUUCUAUGCUCUAUCAUGAUAGAAAAGUACAGCAA